GGGCGACGCUCUUGCUAACGAGAGUCAGCGUGCACCAGUCGGGUCUGCAACGCGAGUGCCCAGCGCAAGCUGCUACCUUGGAAACGCAGGGCGCGCGCUUCCUGAGCGUGGCAGAGCCGGGGUCCCGAGGAUGCUGCUGGCAGCCGGGACGCGGUAUGCCUACCGGCUGUGCGGCCGGCGAGCCGCGGCGGCUCUGCAGGGACACGCAGGCCGGAGCUGCGCCCGGAGCGUUAGCACUAGCUGGUCCCCGGUGGGCGCUGCCUUUAACGUCAAGCCCCAGGGCCACCUGUGGGACCUGUUGGGAGAGCGACGGGGUCUUUUUGGAGUUCCUGAGCUCAGCACCCCUGAAGGAUUCCAAGUUGCCCAGGAGGAAGCCUUGAGGAAGACGGAGUGGCUGGUAGAGCGAGCAUGUUCCACACCUCCAGGGCCACAGACAGUCCUCAUUUUCGAUGAGCUCUCGGAUUGCCUCUGCAGAGUGGCUGACUUGGCGGACUUUGUGAAAAUUGGACACCCAGAGCAGGCGUUCAGAGAGGCUGCGCAGGAGGCCUGCAGAAGUAUUGGCACCAUGGUGGAAAAGUUGAAUACGAAUGUGGAAUUGUAUCAGAGUCUGCAGAAAUUACUAGAUGACAAGAAGCUUAUGGAUUCCCUUGAUGCAGAAACCAGGCGAGUAGCCGAACUAUUUAUGUUUGAUUUUGAAAUCAGUGGAAUCCAUCUAGAUGAAGAAAAGCGCAGAAGAGCCGUGGACCUCAAUGUUAAGAUCUUGGACUUGAGUAGUGCUUUCCUCAUGGGAACCAACUUUCCCAUCAAGAUCCAGAAGCAUCUCUUACCAGAGCACAUUCAGCACCACUUUGCUCGUGAUGGAAGGCAUUUAGUCAUCGAUGGUCUACAUGCGGAAGCCUCCGAUGACCUGGUUCGGGAGGCUGCUUAUAAAAUUUUCCUUUAUCCCAAUGCUGAUCAGUUGAAGUGUUUGGAGGAGUUGCUAAGCAGCCGAGAUCUUCUGGCAAACCUAGUAGGCUAUUCUACCUUUUCCCACAGGGCCCUCCAGGGAACCAUAGCCCAGACUCCAGAGACUGUCAUGCAGUUCCUUGAGAAGCUAUCUGAAAAGCUCUGCGAAAGAACUAGAAAAGAUUUUGAGAUGAUGCAAGGAAUGAAAACAAAACUAAAUCCUCAAAAUUCUGAACUAAUGCCUUGGGACCCUCCCUACUACAGUGGUGUGAUUCGUGCAGAGAGGUAUAAUAUUGAGCCCAGUUUAUAUUGUCCAUUCUUAUCCCUUGGAGCUUGCAUGGAAGGCCUGAAUGUCCUAUUUAACAGACUGUUGGGCGUCACCUUAUAUGCAGAACAGCCCUUCAAAGGAGAGGUGUGGUGUAUUGAUGUCCGGAAGCUGGCUGUUGUUCAUGAAUCUGAAGGGUUGCUGGGCUACAUUUACUGUGAUUUUUUCCAGCGAGCAAACAAGCCACAGCAGGAUUGCCACUUCACCAUCCGAGGGGGCAGAUUAAAGGAAGAUGGCAGCUAUCAGCUCCCAGUUGUGGUUCUCAUGCUGAAUCUCCCUCAUGCUUCCAGGGAUUUCCCUACCUUAUUAACUCCUGGGAUGAUGGAAAAUCUCUUCCAUGAAAUGGGGCAUGCCAUGCACUCAAUGCUCGGACGAACUCGGUACCAGCAUGUCACUGGGACCAGGUGCCCUACUGACUUUGCUGAAGUUCCGUCUAUUCUGAUGGAGUAUUUUUCAAAUGAUUACCGAGUAGUCAGCCAGUUUGCCAAGCAUUAUCAGACUGGUCAGCCACUGCCGAAAGCUAUGGUGUCUCGUCUCUGUGAAUCUAAGAAGGUCUGUGCCGCCGCAGAAAUGCAGCUGCAGGUCUUUUAUGCCGCCCUGGAUCAAAUCUACCAUGGCCAGCAUCCCCUGAAGAAGUCAACCACAGACAUCCUCAUGGAAACACAAGAGCAGUUUUAUGGCUUACCCUAUGUUCCUGACACUGCCUGGCAGCUGAGGUUCAGCCACCUGGUGGGAUAUGGCGCCAAGUAUUACUCAUACCUCAUGUCCAGGGCUGUGGCAUCCAUGGUCUGGAAGGAGUGCUUCCUACAGGAUCCCUUUAACAGGGCCGCCGGGGAGCGCUACCGCAGAGAGAUGUUAGCCCACGGUGGGGGCAAGGAACCUAUGCUCAUGAUUCAAGUACUCUGGAGAAACAGCUUCCUGCUCCUUCCUUCAUGAAGCAGCUCUGAUGAUGUAGGAUUGGGAAGGCUACUGACCUAUCUAAAGGGGAACAGUGAUGUUUGCACCCAUGCUCACCUAUCACCGCAAUCAAGAUCAUGAACUCAAAUGACUCUGUUUCCAAAGCCCAAGCAGCCAGAACAGUCACAGCUACAGCAGCCGCUCGCGUGAGUGUGACACACGCUCCCUUUAUUUGCUCGCCUUUGUUUUACUGUUUUGUCCAAGUUGGUCUCUUUUUUCUUGAAUAAACAGUAGCUCUGUGAAUGCUAUGCACCGCA